AUGCUUCCGUUAUUCUUUAACCGCGCCAAAAGCAUUGGCAUUCUUCAACACGAAGAAAAGGCAUUCCUUGGAUGGAUGCGCGAAACAGGAAAUAUCUUUUUCGGCGAUGAAUACCACUUCAGACUUGGUAUUUUCUUAAGCAACAAGCGUUAUGUUGAGCAACACAAUGCUGCCGGAAAGUCAUUCAAGGUUGCCUUAAACCAUCUUGCUCAUCUUACACCAAAUGAGUACAAAGUUCUUCUUGGAGAAAAGCCAUACACCGGCGAAAGGAAGUAUGUUAAACUCGACAAUGUUGCUGCUGCUUCUGUUGACUGGCGCACAAAGGGAAUCGUUAACGAAAUCAAGGAUCAGGGUCAAUGCGGCUCCUGCUGGGCUUUCUCUGCUAUCCAGGCUUGCGAAUCAAGAUGA